CGGCCUCUUCCAUUGGAGGCUGACAGUCGGUGAUCGGCUCAGCCUCUUCCUGUCUUAUCACAUGAGGACAAUCCGCCGGAGAGAUGUCCGCAGGCUCCCCGCUCCGAUCCCCCACCCUUCAACGGAGCAAAAUGAAGAAGGACGAGUCCUUCCUGGGAAAGCUGGGGGGAACCCUGGCCAGGAAGAAGAAAGCCAGGGAGGUGACUGAUCUCCAAGAAGAAGGAAAAAAUGCCAUCAAUGCGCCAAUGUCCCCCACUCCUAUUGACAUCCACCCGGAGGACACCAUGCUUGAGGAGAACGAGGAGAGGACCAUGAUCGACCCCAAUUCCAAAGAAGACCCCAAGUUUAAGGAACUGGUGAAGGUUCUUAUAGAUUGGAUCAAUGAGGUUCUCGUCGAGGACCGGAUUAUAGUGAAGAACCUGGAGGAAGACUUUUAUGAUGGACAAGUCCUGCAGAAGCUAUUAGAAAAACUCGCUAAUUGCAAGCUGAGUGUGGCAGAGGUGACGCAGUCUGAGAUUGCACAGAAGCAGAAGCUGCAGACCAUCCUAGACGAUAUCCAGGAGUUUUUAAGGCCGCAGGGGUGGGCAAUACGAUGGAAUGUGGACUCUAUUCAUGGAAAGAAUUUGGUUGCCAUUUUGCACCUUUUGGUGGCCCUGGCUAUGCAUUUUCGGGCUCCAAUUCGACUUCCUGAGCACGUGUGUGUACAAGUGGUGGUGGUAAAGAAACGUGAAGGGAUCCUGCAGACGGCCCAUGUGACAGAGGAGCUGACCACCACAAUGGAGUUAAUGAUGGGAAAAUUUGAACGAGAUGCGUUUGACACUCUGUUUGACCAUGCUCCCGAUAAACUGAGCGUUGUUAAAAAGUCGCUGAUCACUUUUGUGAAUAAACAUCUGAAUAAGCUGAACCUGGAGGUGACAGAGCUGGAGUCUCAGUUUGCAGAUGGAGUUUACCUUGUCCUUCUGAUGGGACUUCUGGAGAAUUAUUUUGUCCCUCUGCACAACUUCUAUCUGACACCAGAGGAAUUCGAGCAAAAGGUUCAUAAUAUUUCCUUUUCAUUUGAGCUGAUGCAAGAUGGUGGACUGAAGAAACCUAAAGCAAGACCAGAAGACAUUGCUAACCUGGACUUGAAGUCGACACUAAGAGUGUUAUAUAACCUGUUUACAAAGUACAAGAAUGUGGAGUGAUCCACCGGUCAGAAAAGGCCAGUCUGCAAAUCUUCCCUGUGCCUUAUGUCUGCCAUUCUAAAGUUACACAUUGGAUAUCAACACGGAGACUUCCGUAGAUCAGAGCCACUUCUUUGUACAUAAGAACAUUUC